AGGGAGCUGGAGCCGCAGUGUCCCCCGCGCGCCCCCUCCUCCGCGCAGCAUCCGCAGCCGGGAGCCGAGCGGGUCCGGGGGAGGAGGGGGCUGCCCGGGAUUAAUGCGCCUCCUCCGGCCGGACGGCGGGCGAGGAUGUGAGCGGGCAGCCCAGCCGCCAGGUGCUGACGUCCCUUUGGAGGUUCUGUGAGUUUCGCUGAACUGGGGCCUUCCUGGCUGGGGUGGGAGGUCGUUGCCAAGAAUGAGGAUCCUUUGCAGCCCGGGAAUGUCUUCGCUGGUCCCUCUCGUGAAACUCCUCUCCUUGCUUCUGAUUGGCUGCGUGUCUGAAAGUCCCCCUGAGUUCAUUAAAAAACCAGUGGACCAAAUCGGUGUGUCAGGAGGCGUGGCUUCUUUUGUAUGCCAAGCAACUGGGGAUCCCAAGCCCCGGGUCACCUGGAACAAGAAGGGGAAGAAAGUGAACUCGCAGAGAUUUGAGACCAUUGAAUUUGACGAGAGCGCAGGUGCUGUCCUGAGAAUCCAGCCCCUCCGGACUCCCAGGGACGAGAACGUCUACGAGUGCGUCGCCCAGAAUGCUCACGGGGAGAUCACCGUCCAUGCUAAGCUCACCGUUCUCCGAGAAGACCAGCUGCCUUCCGGCUUCCCAAACAUUGACAUGGGACCCCAGCUGAAGGUGGUCGAGCGUACACGGACGGCCACCAUGCUGUGCGCAGCCAGUGGGAACCCAGACCCGGAGAUCACAUGGUUCAAAGAUUUCCUGCCCGUCGACCCCAGCGCCAGCAAUGGGAGGAUAAAGCAGCUGAGAUCAGGUGGUCUGCAGAUUGAGAGCAGUGAAGAGACUGAUCAGGGGAAGUAUGAAUGUGUGGCCAGCAACAGCGCCGGGGUGCGCUACUCUUCACCCGCUAACCUUUACGUGAGAGUUCGCCGGGUGGCACCUCGCUUCUCCAUCCUGCCCGUCAGCCAUGAGAUCAUGCCCGGGGGUAACGUCAACAUCACCUGCGUGGCAGUGGGUUCGCCCAUGCCGUAUGUCAAGUGGAUGCAGGGGGCAGAAGACCUGACGCCUGAGGAUGACAUGCCGGUGGGCCGCAACGUCUUGGAGCUCACUGACGUCAAGGACUCGGCCAACUACACCUGCGUGGCCAUGUCUAGCCUGGGGGUGAUAGAGGCUGUGGCUCAGAUCACAGUGAAAUCGCUGCCCAAGGCUCCCGGGACGCCCGUGGUAACAGAAACCACGGCAACCAGCAUCACCAUCACCUGGGACUCGGGGAACCCUGACCCUGUGUCUUACUACGUCAUCGAGUACAAGUCCAAGAGUCAGGAUGGCCCUUACCAGAUCAAAGAGGACAUCACUACCACGCGUUACAGCAUCGGAGGACUCAGCCCCAACUCGGAGUAUGAGAUCUGGGUGUCUGCCGUCAACACCAUCGGGCAGGGGCCUCCCAGCGAGUCCGUGGUGACCCGCACCGGGGAGCAGGCGCCAGCUAGUGCUCCUCGCAGCGUCCAGGGGCGGAUGCUGAGCGGCACCACCAUGAUCAUCCAGUGGGAGGAACCGGUGGAGCCCAACGGGCAGAUCCGCGGCUACAGGGUGUAUUACACCAUGGAGCCGGACCAGCCGGUGAGCAACUGGCAGAAACACAAUGUAGACGACAGCCUCCUGACCACAGUGGGCAGCCUCUUGGAGGAUGAAACCUACACCGUCCGGGUCCUGGCCUUCACUUCCGUGGGAGAUGGGCCUCUCUCUGACCCCAUCCAGGUCAAAACACAGCAAGGAGUUCCUGGGCAGCCGAUGAACUUCCAAGCGGAAGCCAGGACGGAGACCAGCAUCAGAGUGUCGUGGAGCCCUCCCCGGCAGGAGAUCAUUGUGAAGUACGAACUCGGCUACAGGGAAGGAGAUCGCGGCAGGGAGGUGUUGAAGACCUUUGACCCGACGACCUCGUUCACAGUGGAAGGUCUGAAGCCCAACACUGAGUAUGUCUUCCGGCUGGCUGCCCGCUCGGCUCUGGGCCUGGGGGCCUACACCCCGGAGGUCAGGGAGCGGACCCUGCAGUCUAAACCGUCUGCCCCCCCUCAAGACAUAAAAUGCGUCAGCACCAGAUCCACUGCCAUUCUGGUAAGUUGGCGGCCUCCGCCGGCCGAGAGCCAAAACGGUGUCCUGGCUGGAUACAGCGUCCGCUAUCGAGCGCUGGACUCUGAGGACACGGAACUUAAGGAGGUGAAUGAUAUCCCCCCAACCACCAAUCAGAUCCUCCUGGAACAGCUGGAAAAGUGGACAGAAUAUCGCAUCACCGUGGUGGCGCACACGGAGGUGGGGCCAGGCCCGGAGAGCUCGCCAGUCGUCGUCCGAACAGACGAAGAUGUGCCCAGCGCCCCACCUCGUAAAGUAGAGGUGGAGGUUCUGAACUCAACGGCCAUCCAAGUGUUCUGGCGCUCUCCAGUCCAGAACCGCCAGCACGGGCAGAUCCGUGGCUAUCAGGUCCACUAUGUGCGCAUGGAGAACGGAGAGGCCAAGGGGUUGCCCCAGAUCAAGGAUGUCAUGCUGGCUGAUGCCCAGUGGGAAACAGAUGACACUGCUGAAUAUGAAAUGAUCAUUGCUGGGCUCCAGCCCGAGACCUCGUACUCCAUCACGGUGGCGGCUUACACCAUGAAAGGGGACGGCGCCCGCAGCAAACCCAAACUGGUCACGACCAAGGGUGCAGUUCCAGGGAAGCCCAUCCUGUCCGUGCAUCAGACUCAGGAGAAUUCUCUCCUGGUGAAAUGGGAGCCUCCCUUGGAUGCCGAGGGCCAGGUCAUGGGCUACCGGCUCCAGUUCGGUCGACAGGACAUCGACCCCCUAUCCACCUUGGAGUUCACGGCCCAGGAGGAUAAGUACACCGCCACCAACAUCCACAAGGGCGCCACGUACGUUUUCAAGCUGGCUGUGAAAAGCCGGGCUGGCUUUGGGGAAGAGGCCGUGCAGGAGCUGACCAUCCCCGAAGACAUCCCCCAAGGUUACCCCCAAAUCCUUGAGGCGAGCAACAUCACCUCCAUGUCGGUCCAGUUCAACUGGCUGCCCCCCGUGCUGGCCGAGAGGAACGGAGCCAUUGUCAAGUACACCGUGGCCUACCGGGAAGCCGGUUCCCCCGGCAACCCCUUGGAAAAAGACCUGUCCCCCUCCCCCGAGAACUCAUACACGCUCAACGGCCUCAAACCCAACACCGCCUACGACGUUAAAAUCCGGGCUCACACCAGUAAAGGGCCCGGGCCAUACAGCCCGACCGUCCAGUAUCGGACGUUCCUACUGGACCAAGUUUUACCCAAAAACUUCAAGGUGAAGAUGGUGAUGAAGACCUCCGUCCUUUUGAGCUGGGAGUUCCCCGAGAACUACAACUCUCCCAUCCCCUACAAGAUCCAGUACAACGAGCUGAACAUCGACGUGGACGGCCGCACCACCAAAAAGCUCAUCACCAAUCUGAAGCCCCGCACGUUUUACAACUUUGUCCUGACGAACCGGGGGAACAGCAUGGGCGGUCUGCAGCAGAACGUGGCGGCCUGGACAACCACGGACAUGCUGACCAAGAAGCCGGAGGUGACUCACAAGGCCGACGCGGAUGGCAACGUGGUGGUGAUCCUGCCGGACGUGAAGAGCUCGGUGCCUGUCCAGGCUUACUACAUCGUGGUGGUGCCUUUAAAGAAAUCGAGGGGGGGCCAGUUCGUGAACUCCGUGAGCAGCCCCGAGGAGAUGGACCUGGAAGAGGUGAUUCAGGACAUUUCUAGGCUUCAGCGCCGGAGCCUCCGUCAUUCCCGGCAGCUGGAUUACCCCAAGCCAUACAUCGCUGCCCAUUUCCGCACGCUGCCCUCCCACUUCAUCCUGGGGGACCUGAAACACUACGACAACUUCGAAAACAAAGCCCUGGAGCCAGGACACAAAUACGUCCUCUUCAUCCUGGCAGUGCUGCAGGACUUGGAAGCGACAUUCGCAGCUAGUCCUUUCUCCGACCCAAUCCAGCUGGACAACCCCGACCCGCAGCCAAUCAUCGACGGAGAGGAGGGCUUGAUAUGGGUCAUCGGGCCAGUCCUCGCCGUGGUCUUCAUCAUCUGCAUCGUCAUCGCCAUCCUGCUCUACAAAAACAAACGGAAAGACUCCGAGCCGCGGACGAAAUGUCUCCUGAACAACGCUGAGAUCGCUCCUCACCACCCCAAGGACCCGGUGGAGAUGAGACGCAUCAACUUCCAGACUCCAGAUUCUGGUCUGAGCAGCCCUCUCAGUGACCCUGAGUUUGACUUUGAAAGUAUGCUCAACCACCCACCAAUCCCCAUCUCCGAGUUGGCAGAACACACGGAGCAUCUCAAAGCCAACGACAACUUGAAAUUAUCCCAAGAGUAUGAGUCCAUUGACCCUGGCCAGCAAUUCACCUGGGAGCACUCGAACCUUGAAGUGAACAAGCCCAAAAACCGCUAUGCUAACGUGAUCGCCUAUGACCAUUCCCGCGUCAUCCUGCUGCCCAUUGAAGGGAUUGUGGGGAGCGACUACAUUAACGCCAACUACAUCGAUGGCUACCGGAAGCAGAACGCCUACAUCGCCACACAGGGCCCUCUGCCGGAGACCUUUGGCGACUUCUGGCGGAUGGUGUGGGAGCAGCGCUCAGCGACGGUGGUGAUGAUGACGAAGCUUGAGGAGAAGUCACGGAUCAAGUGUGACCAGUACUGGCCUGGCCGGGGCACGGAGACCUAUGGGAUGAUCCAAGUGACCUUACUAGACACUAUCGAAUUGGCCACGUUCUGCGUUCGGACGUUCUCCCUUCACAAGAAUGGCUCCAGUGAGAAGAGAGAGGUGCGCCAAUUCCAGUUCACAGCAUGGCCCGACCAUGGCGUCCCUGAGUACCCUACCCCGUUCCUGGCUUUCCUGAGAAGGGUCAAAACCUGCAACCCUCCUGACGCUGGCCCGAUCGUAGUGCACUGCAGCGCGGGAGUUGGACGGACAGGCUGUUUCAUCGUGAUUGAUGCCAUGCUGGAGAGGAUAAAGCAUGAGAAGACAGUGGACAUUUAUGGGCAUGUCACCCUCAUGAGGUCGCAGCGGAACUACAUGGUCCAGACAGAAGACCAGUACAGCUUUAUACACGACGCCUUGCUGGAGGCCGUCGCUUGCGGUAACACAGAAGUCCCAGCCAGGAAUCUCUACACUUACAUCCAGAAACUGGCGCAGAUAGAGGUGGGGGAGCACGUGACAGGCAUGGAGCUGGAGUUCAAGCGACUUGCCAACUCCAAAGCCCACACUUCCAGGUUCAUAAGCGCCAACCUCCCGUGCAACAAAUUCAAGAAUCGCCUUGUCAAUAUCAUGCCAUACGAGACCACCCGGGUCUGUCUUCAGCCCAUCAGGGGAGUGGAGGGCUCAGACUAUAUCAAUGCCAGUUUUAUCGAUGGAUACAGACAACAGAAAGCCUACAUUGCCACUCAAGGGCCGCUGGCAGAGACCACGGAGGAUUUCUGGCGGAUGCUCUGGGAGAACAACUCCACCAUCGUGGUGAUGUUGACCAAGCUGCGAGAGAUGGGUCGGGAAAAGUGCCAUCAGUAUUGGCCCGCUGAGCGGUCAGCACGGUACCAGUACUUUGUGGUGGAUCCCAUGGCUGAAUACAACAUGCCUCAGUAUAUCCUUCGAGAAUUCAAGGUUACUGAUGCCAGGGAUGGUCAGUCCCGAACCGUCCGUCAGUUCCAGUUCACUGACUGGCCCGAACAAGGUGUGCCAAAAUCAGGAGAGGGUUUUAUCGAUUUCAUUGGACAGGUGCAUAAGACAAAGGAACAGUUCGGUCAGGAUGGGCCAAUUUCUGUCCACUGCAGCGCCGGAGUGGGCAGAACUGGGGUGUUUAUCACACUGAGUAUCGUCCUGGAGAGAAUGCGUUAUGAGGGUGUUGUAGAUAUUUUCCAGACAGUUAAGAUGCUGCGAACACAACGACCAGCUAUGGUGCAGACAGAGGAUGAAUAUCAGUUCUGUUACCAGGCAGCUCUGGAGUAUCUGGGAAGUUUCGAUCACUAUGCAACCUAAAAAGCCAUCCGCCUUGCAGACUCCGCCCACCACUUCAGCCCUGGAAGGCCUCUCCUGGCCCGGGAGGAGUGCUCGGACUUAUAAACCCGACUCAGAAGAAGUCCCUUUUCAUUUGGACCAUGCAGUGGGGAGCGGGGGAAGGAUUUGAAAGGAACGCCCCUUCAGGAACUCCCAUGUUGUAACCCGGAACGUGACAAGGCAGCUCAGCAGGGCACUGAGGGAUGAUUUUAAGUGGUGAACUGCUCUGGUUACCUCGCGUGGUGUUUGCUGUGGAGGGCAGAUGGACAUCCUCAAACUGAUCCAAAAGCUAAACACGCCCCGUGUGAAAUGUUACCACUGAAGGGAGAGGAGAGGGCUGGAAAAGAGCAGAAAACCAGCUUUGGUUACAUCAUCAGAGUUCAGUUUAUUUACUAAUCUAGUUGGCGAUCUUUAAAGGAAGUCACUUGCAGAGUUGAAGGUGCUGUGUAAAAAAAUAUAUAUAUAUAAUUUAAAAAAUCUCAAAUAAACCUCAGUCUCAUCAUCAGGCUGAUUCAGGGCUUAUCGGCCCCUUGCCAACACCAUUCCCUCAAUGCCUCCGCCCCCCAAGAGGUUUUAUAGCUCAUCUUUUGAAUACUUGGAACAUUCCUCCUAAUCCCCACAUUUAUUUUUUUUAGGCUAUUUAAAGGGAAAAAGUGGCUGUACACUAGGGAUCCCCUACCUGGGGCACAGAGCUGAGGUGUGGUCAGGCAGAGACGGGCUCUUCCCGGGCUGGGUAUAACGACUGUUGGUUCUCUUCUCCCCUUUUCAGCUCAUCCAGACGCACACUCAGGCGCUGCUUUGAAUGAGACGUGUUUGAGCUGUACAGAAAUAGAACUUCUUUCCAUAUUAAACCACCCCCUUCUGCACACAGCUGUUCGUUUUUCCCCGGGGUGGGGGAGGGAGCAUUUUUGAAUGGAGCCCUUACAGGGCUGAUACUAAAGAAGCCUCUGUAAGAGAUUCAUUCCCAAUAAGCUAUUGCUGCCAACGCCCCACCUCCAAUACAACAGAUCUCAGAGACGCUCUGGUGCCAGGCCUUGUCACUCCAAGUUCAUAGGCACAGCUAUGAACAUGCCCUCGCUGUAUAAUAAUUUGGAAAGAUCAAGCAAGAUGCAGUCAGUGGCAUAUGCUGUGACUUCUUUAAAGUAUCGAUGUAACUGUAACAAGUGACAUUACCUUUUUUUUAAAUAGUGUAUUUUUUCCUUUUUUUAAAAAAAAAAACAAAGAAUAUCAGUCAAUGAAUUUAAAAGAAAAAUUUGCUUAUUUGUUCAUAUUAUGUUCAAAGACAGUCUAUUUUUUCACUGUAGAAAUGUUACGUGUAAUGGCUGUGAUAUAUAAAAAUGCAGUGCAAAUUGCUACUUCUCCAUAUUGCUUUUCUACCAUUUAAAAGGUUUAACUUGCUCACGUAAGAACAAAAUGUCUCUUUAUUUUAAAUCUCAGACAUAUCAGGUGUCUCUGGAAGGGCGUGAGGUUAGCGGGCUGGCUUAGAUGUGGUUGUUAGUACCAACUCACGCCCCCCUCCUCCUAUGGCCAUGUUGCCUGCCCUUCCCAGGGCCAGUGGUGAAUUGGGAGAUUAAAUAAUACCAGUGUCUUAUGACUGAAGUAGAGAGAGAGGAAUCUCAGAGCCAUGGCGGGCAGGUGCCCACAGACACACACGUACAGUUUUUAAACAUUAGAUCAACAACAGAAUAAUGGGUAUUGUAAUAACAGCCCAAGACUCUUCAUGCAGUGGGCCAUGUGUCAAAUAGGCCAGCAGUUGUACAUGAAAAGGAAUUGUGUUGCCAAAGUGCGGUGAAGAGAGUGCGUCAUGAAGCAGAGACGCUGCCCCAAUAACUACUCUCCCUUGAUUAUUAUUUUUAAUGAUUUUCUAGAGAGGUAAACAUGGCCACAAGCUGGUACUGUUGGGAUGAGCUAAAUGCAACCGAACUGCUACACCCCCCCCCCCCCCCAAAAUCAACCUAUGUCCUGUCUUGAAAGGGGGGAAAAAGGCUUCUUUGAGAUUUUACUUCCUACUUGUGUGAAAGUUUCCCAAAUUUCUAAGUAUGUUGCAGCAAAAUCUUAUUGGGAGAGGGUUUUUUUUUUUUGGGGGGGGGGGGGGGAGGAGAGAAAUACGUUUUUUCUUUGUAUGAGAGCAAAGUGCUGUUGCUUUCACACUGUUAUUUCAAACUGAAUCAGUAAGUGGUUUUCAGACCACUGUGUAUGUAGAUAUAUUGACUUUGUAUUAAAGGAAGAUUGUCUGAAA